AUGAAAUUUCCAAUAGAAAAUCCGAGGAAACAAGUUAACUGGGACCCAGAACAAGUGGCGGUCCAGACCAACUUGGUCCCUCCCAAAAAGGCACAGUCUGGCAUGGCGAAGUCAAGUCUAGUCCAGGCUAGUGUGGCUACAAUGCAGAACCCCAUGGGUUGUGACCCAAAGGCCAAUGGUCACUGUCCGCUGCCACGCUUGUCCAUCUCCUCCCGCUCUGCCAGUGUGGUGGCCAGCAUGGAUGCCAGCUGUGAUGGCUCAGCUGCAGCACUCCACUCUGUGAUGAAGUGGAAGACGGUGCUGGCGGUGUUCAUAGUUGUCGUUCUCUACCUGGUUUGUGGGGGUCUGGCAUUUCAGGCUUUGGAGCAGCCAUUUGAGAGCAACCAGAAGACCAGCAUCACUCUGGAGAAGGCUUCCUUCCUGGAGAGACACCCCUGUGUUACUCCUGAUGAGCUGGAGGCACUCAUCAAGCAUGCCAUAGAUGCUGUGAGUGCAGGGGUGAGUCCCAUUGGAGACACAUCCUACAAUUCCAGUUACUGGGACUGGGGCAGUGCCUUCUUCUUCGCUGGAACAGUCAUCACAACUAUAGGUUAUGGAAACAUUGCUCCAAGCACCGUGGGUGGGAAAAUCUUUUGCAUCCUUUAUGCCAUAUUUGGCAUCCCUCUCUUUGGUUUUUUGUUGGCGGGGAUUGGAGACCAGCUGGGAACCAUCUUUGUGAAAAGCAUCUUGAGAGUUGAGAGAAUAUUCAGGCAAAAACACAAGCAGAUCAGUCAGACUAAAAUCAGGGUGACGUCCACCAUCCUAUUCAUCCUGGCUGGUUGCAUCAUCUUCGUCACCAUCCCUGCUGUCAUCUUCAAACACAUCGAGGGCUGGACCACACUGGAGGCCAUCUACUUUGUUGUGAUCACUUUAACCACAGUGGGAAUAGGAGACUAUGUGGCAGGUGGAAACCGUAGGAUCACCUACAUGAAGUGGUACAAGCCAUUGGUGUGGUUCUGGAUCUUGGUGGGCUUGGCAUACUUUGCAGCCGUCCUCAGCAUGAUUGGAGACUGGCUUCGAGUGCUGUCUAAAAAGACAAAAGAGGAGGUUGGGGAGUUUAAAGCUCAUGCAGCUGAGUGGAAGGCAAAUGUACGAGCAGAGUUCCGUGAAACGCGGCGGCGCCUUAGUGUUGAGAUCCAUGACAAGCUCCAGCGGGCUGCCACCAUCCGCAGCAUGGAGCGCCGUCAGCUGGGCCUGGAGCAGCGAGCUCACUCCCUAGAUAUGCUGUCUCCAGAGAAAAGGGCCAUGUUCACCAGCCUGGAUGCUGGCCGCUUCAAGACUUCCUCCCAGGAGAGCAUUGACACCAAGCUGAACAACCUGAGGCUGAAGGGGGCCUGUGAGCCGUAUGACCAUCAAGGGAGUGAGCAAUCGCAGCAGACGGCGUCUUCAUCUGAGGACAAUCUCUUCAACCUGCGCUUCGGAUCCCUCACUAAGCUGGCCAGACGCAAUAAGAGCCGUGAGCUGCGGAGGAACAUUCCUGAAGAUAUUCGACGGGCAAGUGUAAGCAUAAACAACGGCAGUGCCAUGCUGGGUGAGGAGAGGGCGGAAGAAGGUGAAGAAGAUGGGGAAACAGAUGAGGAAAACAGAGAAAGGAAAGAGGGAAACAACAGUCUUGCAAAUCUUUCACAGCACACUAUGGAGCGUGCCAAGUUGAAUGGGUUCUUACCAACACAGGCCAAAGAUGGAGAGAAUGACUAG